AAGAGGAAGGAAAGGAGCGCACCUUCAAUAAGAUCUGAGGUUUGGGCGCAUUUUACUAAAUUUACCAUUACUAAAGAUGAUGUUAUACUUCAUAAAGCUAGAUGUGAUCAUUGUGGUAGAGAAUUUGCUGCAAAUACUAAAAGUAAUGGUACAAGCUCUUUGAAAAACCAUUUAAAAAAUUGUGUGAGCUUGCCUCGUGAGAAAGGGGAUGAUGAUCAAACUGAGUUAAUAUGCGGAACAGUUGAUGGGGAGGGAAAUGUGCCAAUAACUUUUGGGAAGUAUAGCGCAGAUGCACUUAGGAAGGGUAUAGCAGAAAUGAUUAUCAUCGAUGAACUUCCAUUUAAAUUUGUUGAGGGAAAGGGUUUUAGAAAGUGCAUAUACAUAUACGAGUAACUUUUUCGGGUAACUUCUUUCUUUCCCUUAGGAGCGAUUUGGUUGGUGGGGGAAUAAUGAGGGAGGGUAUAGGAAUAAGAAGGUACUCCCUCAUCCCAUAUACUCCCUCAUACCACCCAUAGAUGGGACCCCCAAUAGAGAGACGCCGACUUUGGAACGGAACAAGAAGGUAACCCUACGCGGCUACGCCCUACACAACACACCCAAAAUAGAGAGAGAGACUGAUGAGAGCUGAAAUGUUUAGGCAAUGUCUCAGGGUCGCAACCUCCGCCUCCGCCGCAGGAGAAGCGUUCAUCCCGGCGGGCCGCACAGCAUCUUCUGCUCCGGCGAUGGAUGGUGCCACAGCUUCAUCCGCUCAGUCUCCGGCGACAUUGCAUGGAAAGGACGCUACCUGCAAUGUCACCGGAGAGAGAGCGGUAGAAGCUGUGGCACCAUCCGUCGCCGGAGCGAAAGACGUUGUGCAGCCCUGAAAAAAAUAUCACGGACGAUUAAAAUAGGAAGAUCUUUGGCUAAAGCUUUUUUGUAACUAAUGGAAUUUAUCGAUGAGGUGUUUGCAUGCACCCCAAACAUACCAUUGUUGGCUGUGAGUAGAAUGAGCUCAACAACAGCAGCUUGGUCUGGUCUGGUCUGAAUCACCAUUUCCGGUUUCAAGAUUGCAUGCCAACUCCACUUUGAGUGAACAAGUACUCAUCAAACACCUUACUUGAGAGCUUCAUCUCCUGUACAACACAAAAAGGCCAAAAUACAUGGGGAAAUGAUUAUGUUGUUCUCAAAAAUCAACUACCACUAAAUUAUUUGGCUACCCAUUAUGAACUCAUCUAUCCAAACUUGGCUAUAGCUGCACUUCUACGGCUCUACCAGCAAGAACUACGCACCACCAAUCUCGUACCAUUGAAGAAAAAAAUCCAAUUUUCAAAAAAAGGGAAGUUAAGAUAGCACAGUCAAUACUAACUCCAUCACCAAAGGACUUGCAGAAUAUCAAGCAGAGGCAAAUUCAACACACAACAAACUUAUAUCAGUGCAGACUAGAGAAGCCAUGCACCAUAUUCGCUAGGGGAAAGAUAAGCACGCCAAAAUAAACGCUACACUUAACACAGAAAAUAGUAAUAAUAAUGAUAUAGUAAUAAGCUAGGUCUACUGUAUAAUGCUACUUAUUGCAGAAUAACAAACUACUGGGAUUCAAGCAAUCCAACCAGUCCAAUUAAGCAGGUCUGAUGUAUUGAAACAGUCACCCUCUCUCAGCUCACGUAACAGAAGACCAUUUAUGAGAAGACAAACUUCCAGAAAGAAAAUAGUGUCUUGCAUGAAGAAUGAAGAGAUCAUCAUUGU